AUGGCUACAACAUCUCCUAUCCUGGCUUUGGCCUGGGCAACAACACUGGCUCAGUUUACCGGAACUGAUGAGAUCAACUUUGGCCUGGCAACCUCAGAAAAUUAUUCGAUUAGCGCGUCGCUGCACUUUCAAUUCCCAUAUGAUAAGACCAUCCAAGAGGGCCUCGAAGUCAUCAAUCAAACCAUUCGUAAAACGACGGCAAACAGCGAAAAUGAUAGUCAACAGAGUUUGCUGGUCAUUAACGUCCAGGGAUCAGCCCCAGAUCAUUAUAGCGGUAGAUCCAAGCAAACCGUUGUGAUUUGUGACCUGACCUCGGAAGACCUCGCUAUUCAAGGGUGUGGUGAGAACACAUGGAAAUGCGAACAAAUGGUCCGUCAGAUGAGACAUGUUGUGAGCCUGAUUAAGCGGGCGCCCGGCAACACUCCGGUAGCCGCUAUAACGUCGAACAUUCAUUAUGACGAUCUGAAUCAAAUCCAAAGAUGGAACGGCAACGAACUCGCUCGUCACGACGCAUGUAUACAUGAGCGGAUCACGGAACAAUGCAGGCUUCGCAAAGAUGAGAUAGCAAUAUGUGCCUGGGACGGCACUUUCACCUAUAAGGAACUCGACGAGCUUAGCUCACGGUUUGCUGCCCUUCUACAGGCUAGAGGAGUGCAGCCCGAGGUCUUUGUACCUUUAUAUUUCACCAAAUCCCGCUGGACGACAAUGGCGAUGUUGGCAGUGCUAAAGGCUGGCGGCGCCUUCGUAUUGCUGGACCCAUCCCAUCCUCCAAGUCGUCUACGAGAUAUGUGUCGAGAUGUGGGCGCGAAACUGAUUGUCUCCUCCCCUCGAGAUGUAGAUGGUGCACGAACCUUGAACUUACCUCUCCUUGAGAUUGGCCCCGGAAUUCUAACACCUGACGUUGAGCUGAAACCACCGACGAUACGGCCAGAUAAUGCGGCCUUCAUUUGCUUCACAUCUGGUUCGACGGGCAACCCCAAGGGCGCUGUCAUGGAGCAUGCCAUGUUUAGCACUGUGGUUAAGGCCUUUGAAUUUUCGUUAAGCUCGCAGUCACGCGUCUUUCAGUUUGCUGCAUAUGCCUUCGAUGCGGCUGUUCUUGAGAAUUUAGGCCCGUUGAUGCACGGGGGAUGCACUUGCAUACCCUCAGAGGCGGGUCGACGUGAUGAUAUUCCAGGAGCUUUUGCGGCGCUCCGGGCAAACUUCUUUUUUGUCACGCCAUCUGUUUUGCAGACAUUGUCCCCAGCAGAUAUGCCUGGAUUAGAGAUUUUACUCCUAGGUGGUGAGGCUACAACAAAGGCGCUUUUUGACCAAUGGGCGCAGUCAACCCGACUUUUCCAUGUAUACGGACCAACCGAAUGUACCGUGAUAAUCGCUGCCCAAGGCCCUCUAUCAGAGCCUUAUAACCACCGGGUCUUGGGACAAGGGCUGGGAGUCCACCUCUGGGUCGCUGAUACGCGGAGUCCUGAUCAACUGGCACCUGUUGGGGCCAUUGGAGAGCUGGUCAUUGAGGGGCCCCCUGUGAGCCGUGGAUAUAUAAACAGCACAGGAGCCAAAGCAGCGGCUUUCCUAAGCCCCGGCUUAUGGCCGGCAGUUUCGCCACAGCCCUACCGCGCUUAUCGAACAGGCGAUCUUGUCCAUUAUAUAGAUUCGGAUGGCUCUAUCGAGUUCAUCGGCCGCAAAGACACCCAGGUGAAAAUCCGUGGUCAGCGAGUGGAAAUGGGCGAUGUCGAACAUCAUCUUCGGCAACUGUACCCCAGCUCGCAUUGUGUGGUGGCUGAAGUGGCUACUCCUGCUGCAAGAAAAGGGGCACGCCCGGUCCUGAUUGCCUUCAUCAACGAACAUGAUAGGGGUUCGGUUCUGGAAGAAACAUCACUAAUAAUUCCUCAUUGCCCUCUUUUUCUUUCCAAUUGGCUGGAUCGAGUGCGUCCCAAAAUGCAGGCAUCUCUCCCUUCGUAUAUGGUCCCUACAUUAGCCCUUCCGAUUUCCCACAUGCCGCUUACUCUGACAGGGAAAACAGACCGCCGUCGCCUGCGAGCGAUCGUGGAGCAGCUCACAAUUACAGACCUUGAGUCGUACAGCACUAAAACAGCAGGAGAUGCCAAGCAACAGCCUAACUCUGAUACAGGACGUUCCAUCCAAAAAGCUGUUGGCGAAGUUCUUGGUCUUGAACUACAAUAUGUUGGUAUUGCGGAAAGUUUCAUCCAGCUUGGAGGUGAUUCUAUCACAGCGAUGAAGUUAGCAGUGCUCCUUCGACGGAGUCAUAUCGCCUUAUCUGUUGGCGAAAUCCUUCAACAUUCUGACCUUAAUAAGUUAACGGAACGUGCGGUCCAUUUUACAAACGGGGGUUUGAAUACUGAACCUAAGAGGGCGCCAUUUACCAUGUUUUCUGGUACACCGAUCGAGAUGGCAUCAAAACUAGAUGUUAGGGAGGCAGAUAUCCUUGACGUCCUUCCGGCCACAGAGCUGCAGCUUCUUAUGCUUCCCUAUCCUCCACAGUAUCAGAUUAUUCAUAUUCCUGGUCCAGUAGAUACUGCCAAACUGAAAGCUGUGUGCGAAAACGUGGUUUGCCGACAUGAAAUCCUCCGUACCGUAUUUAUCAAACACAGCAAUUCCUUAUUCCAGGUGAUUUUGCGAGAAGUGUCGGUCGCAUUUGAACAUUAUGAAUGCCCCGGAGAACUCAGUGGCCUUCAAACUCGCCUGCUCGAAGACGACACCAACAAACCCAUGCCAUGGAAUGUGCCUUCUACCCGUUUCUACCUCCUCUCCGAAAGUGACCGACAGCAUACGCUUAUUAUACGAUUAACUCACGCUGUAUAUGAUGCACAAUCAUUACCAAUUAUUCUGAAAGACGUUGCGGAUAUCUAUAAUGGACAGCCACUUUCCCCUCCUAAUCAUUUCUCACCUUGGGCUUAUGACUUUUUUGCCUCAGCAACUACUGAGACCUAUGGGUUCUGGAAGACUUUACUUGAAGGUUCCUCCAUGACCUACAUAGGAAAUCCACUGGCCGACAUGGAAGGACAAGAGGUCUUUGUUGACGUCACGCGCAGUUUUCCAGUUUUAGAGCCUCCCAAGGGAAUCACGCUCGCCACCUUGGUCAAAGCAGCGUGGUCACUGACUCUGUCCAAAUACGCUCAGAAGCGUGAUGUUGUAUUUGGUCAGGUUGUUCACGGUCGAGGCCAUGGAUUUCCAGGCGACGAAACAGUAGUUGGACUAUGCAUCAACAUGAUUCCAGUUCGUGCCAACCUGACUGAUAUUGAAAAUUGCGAGGAUUUGCUACACACCAUUCAAGAGCAGAAUGUAGACUCGAUAGCACAUGAUCGGGUCCAAUUCAAAGAUAUUAUCAACAGAUCCACCGAUUGGCCUCGGGAUACCGUUUUUGGCACAACACUUCUGCAUCAGGGUGGCGGGCCUCUCUGCGCACUGAAAUUUGGCAGUGUAUCUGCUUCUUUGAAUGAAUACUAUGCACCUCAGCCAACCAAGGAGCAGCGCGAAUUUGUUGUUCAAUCCACUUUCAACGAUCAAACGCAUACCUUACAAAUCUCGACUACAAACGCACAUUUAGAUGAGCCAUCCGCCAACUCCAUGAUUGAUACCCUGGUUUUUUAUGUUCAGGAACUCGUACGGAAUCCUCGAGCAAUAUCUUGUAGUUGA